CUCGUUAUUACUCGUCGUCAGCUACAAGUGCAGGCGAAGGAUAUGCCUGCGACGUUAACAAUCGCAUAAACCAACCAGCGGGUGGCACACCUUAAAUACCCGCCCGAUCCACGCCUUUCGACGAACUGUGAAUAAAGCAACGACUUCCAUCUAUGCCGAUGUUUAACUGGUAAAUAGUUUGCCGCUCCUUUUACUACAGCGCUCAUGGAAAGGCUUUAGCAUGCUUACACCUUGCAAUUCUGUUUCCGCCGUCGUCGUUAGUGUUAAAUUUCACAUAGCCAAAGAGUAUGAAUCAUUUGUGUGGUGACGUAUUUAAGUCCAUUCGACACAGUUUUGCUAAAAUCUAGCAACUUCUUGGUAAAAAUGUUGCUUUCAAUGAAACAAAUGUUUGGUGCCGAUGCUUUUGGAUAUACUGUAGGAAAUACCAAGGGAAAUACAACGUACGGAAAGCUACAGAUAAAUAUUUAACGUCUCCUAAUAAAUAAAAAUCUCUUUUUUUUCGUAGAAAUGGACUUAUGUUGUUCUUGCAUAGAAUUUUUUAUGAAUAGGCAAGGCUGGCAAGACUCUCUCUCUGUUGGAACGUACAGUCUGUAUAUUGGAGUCCACUUCUAACCGUUAACACUGCACUGGCAGACGACCGGGCGCGAUAAAUUUGAUCCUUGACACACGACCAGCAGCCAACAGACAUACAAAAGCGCCCCUGGUAGUUGUGAUAAGGAUCUUCAGCUGAUAACACGUAAAGUGCUGCGUGAAAAAUUGAUGAGCAAUGGACCAAGAGGCGGAAGCUAUCCUAGAGCAUGAAACCGACCUGGGACUACGAGUGUGGCAUCUGUUGUUCCUAUGCCUCGGAUCGGUGUUGGGUGUCGUCAUUAUGUUGUGCUGCUGUUUCCGAUUCCGGAUUCCGCGGACCAAGCAGGACAUUGAGGCGGAUUACCAUCGCAAAAAGCUGACGAAGAAGUUUCGCGAGCGAUUGGACUGUAUGAACAAUGCCGAAAUCGAUGAGAUGGAUUUGAUGAAAGCCCUGGAACGCGUACGUGAAGAAUGUCUUUUGGAGCAGCAGAAAAAUGUGACUAAGGAAAUUGACGAAAACGAAGAUAAUCAGUUCGUGAAUGAUGUAUUCGGGAAUGUCUAAACAUUUUGCCGUGAUAGGUAUCAACCGUUCUAGUUCAGUAAGUAAGAUUGUAAUUGUAAAGCACAUAUAAAUUGUUUUCUUUUGCUUAUCUUAUAAAUUGCAGAAAAUAAAUCUUGAUUUAUUCAACUAAAAAUAGAAUGCAUUUUAGUGGAAAGAUUACAAACUGAUUGACUUUCUCAAAUAAUUAUAGAUGGCAAUGAAUGAAUCACCCCUGCUGUUUCGCCGUCUCCUAAAACCAUAGAACUAGGCCAAAAGUCAUUCUCAAAUAUACAGUGACCCCACAAUUUAUGAAUCGGCAAAAAUUACCACAGUUUAUGGAUCACUCAUUUGAUCAACAUGGUGAUUCAUAAAUAGUGUACAAAAUUAAGGUGAUUCAUCGGUGUGGGGUC